GACUACUGACUCAGUAGAAAGAGUUGGUCACGGAAUUCCUGUCGUUGAAGAAAUGGCUCAAAUAAUAGUUCAAGUUCCGAGAACAUUUCAAGCUCCAAUAACAUUUCAAGCUCCAGUAACAGUUCAAGUUCCAAUAACAUUUCAAGCUCCAGUAACA